AUGGCAAACAGCUCUGCUCCUUGGAUCGGCUGCAUUUAUCUCUUCCUCCAGUCAACGUGCAAGACCAUCGUUCUGCUAUCUCUCUACGAAAGCUCCCAGAAGAAACCUAGUGUGUUCAAGGCGCUGAAGCUGGCAUUAGCAGACUCCACUGACAGCAUGAUAGGUGCGGAUAUGCUCAAAGUGCACUGCAACCACCCACACCUGAUAGUCCAACUCAAGUUCUGCAAGCAGGAGAACUGCCGCUGGUUCCUGCAGAGCCACCAGGAAGGAGUGCUCCAGGAGUCCCUCCAGAACCACCUCCAGCUCUCCUUGGCCAUGAGUGCAGUGCCUCUUGAAAUGGAGCUGAAGGCUGGCAGCGAGCACUUCGACAACAUGCUGAAGGAUGAGGAUCGCUGCCUGGAACACAUCUACAGAGAAAAGCCUGACCACCUGCAGGAUGAGGAGAUCACAAAGCUGGAGGAAUGCCUCAAGAACCUGAUUGUUCACCAGAGCAUCAACAACAACACAGCUGUAAAAGACUGCACAUCUCUCAACUCCUCACCUCUACCUUACCCUUCUCAAGGCAGCUCCCUUUCCCCACAAGUCAUCUUCACCUUUCAGGGACAAGAGUUCAGUGACAGAACGCUCACACCAGACAACCACCAGAAGUUUGCCAAGCUCAUGUCCAAGAAAUGGAAGCAAGUGGGUCACUCUUUGCAGAAGAACUGCCAGGCCCUGCAUGAUCCUCUCAUCGAUAACCUGGCUCUCGAGUAUGAUCAAGAGGGACUAUAUGAACAAGCCUACCAGCUGCUGCUCAGGUUUAUCCAGUCAGAGGGGAAGAAGGCCACAAUAGCAUAGCUCAUUGCAGCCCUGGAAGAAAAUGGUCUCAUCAGCUUGGCUGAGGAACUCCUGGGCCUCCUUUCCAAUGAGGACUGCU